UCUAUGUCUAAAUUCAUUACAAUCAACAAGAUAAACUGUUUUGGGAUUAUUCAUUUUUGUUAUUAAAAAAUUGUAGUCCUAAAUGUUGUUUAAACUGAGGUUGUCAAUUCUACCACCUCUACUUGCGAGAUUGUUGUUAAGCUCAGUCCCUCAGGUGAUACUAGGUGUAGAUUAUUGGUGAAGUUGAAUAUAGUUUAAUCAUGGAUAAGUUAUUAUCUACGAAGCUUCUAAGCAUACGCAAAUGAAAAGAUGCUGUCUGUCAGUUUUUGUUUUUCUGAAUUCUUUGAUAUUAGGCCAAAAUUAUGGAAGGGGUGGAUAACAACCUUGCUCUUGCUGCUGAUGUAUUUGAUCAGUUUUGCUCAGCUACCACCCUUCGAUCGGUCCUUGGCCAUUUCAGAUACCUCUGCGAUCUUUUACAAAUCAGACCCACAAACUUUAAUCAUUUCUAUCCAAAACUCAAGGCAAAGCUAAGAUCAUGGAAAGCCCAAGCGCUAUGGAACAAAUUUGAUAAAAGAUUCAGUCAUAAGUGCUAUAACAGAGGAAAAAUAUGUAGUAAUCUUAGGGUUUUGGUUAUCGGGGCAGGCCCUUGUGGUCUGAGGUCUGCAAUUGAAGCACAACUUCUGGGAGCAAAAGUAGUAGUUGUUGAAAAAAGGGACCGCAUAACAAGAAACAAUGUACUUCACUUAUGGCCUUUUGUUAUUCAUGAUCUACGAGCUCUUGGGGCUAAAAAGUUUUUUGGUAGAUUUUGUGCUGGAGCCAUCGACCACAUCAGUAUUCGACAGUUACAAUGUAUUUUAUUAAAAGUAUCAUGUUUGCUGGGGAUAGAAAUUCAUGAAGGUGUUGGAUUUGAAUCACUUAUACCACCUCACCAAGAUCCUCAGACCAAUGAAAUGGUUGGAUGGCGUGCAGCAACAAGUCCAGCUGAUCACCCAGUAUCUCAGUAUGAAUUCAACGCAUUAAUUGGUGCUGAUGGCAAAAGAAAUACUCUUGAUGGUUUCAAAAGAAAGGAAUUCAGAGGAAAGUUAGCCAUUGCUAUCACAGCAAACUUUAUUAAUCGACACUCAGAGGCUGAAGCAAGGGUUGAAGAAAUUUCUGGUGUUGCUUUUAUAUUUAACCAAAAAUUUUUUAAAGAAUUAACUGCAGAAACUGGAAUAGAUCUUGAAAACAUUGUUUAUUACAAAGAUGACACACAUUAUUUUGUGAUGACUGCUAAGAAGCAUAGUCUUAUAGAUAAAGGUGUUAUAUUAAAUGACUGUCAGGAUACUGCUAAGUUACUUAGUCCUGAAAAUGUGGACAAAGGAGCUCUUAUGGAGUAUGCCAGAGAGGCUGCUGAUUUCUCAACGAAUGGUCAACUGCCAUGCCUAGAAUUUGCUGUAAAUCAUUAUGGCCAACCUGAUGUGGCCAUGUUUGAUUUUACUUCUAUGUAUGCUGCAGAAAACGCAAGUAGAAUGGCCGAAGUGGCUGGACAUAGAUUGUUCAUUACUCUUGUUGGUGAUAGUCUUCUAGAGCCUUUCUGGCCUACUGGUUCAGGAUGUGCUCGAGGUUUCCUGAGUUCCAUGGAUGCCUGUUGGGCAUUAAGAUCUUGGAGUCUUGGAGCCCAUCCUCUGGAAGUUCUGGCAGAACGAGAAAGUAUUUAUAGGUUGUUAGGACAGACCACACCUGAGAAUUUGCAAAGGGAUCUGCAAUCAUACACUCUGGACCCUCAUACUCGAUAUCCUAAUCUAAAUAUAAGAAGUGUGAUACCUAUUCAAGUUAGAAAUCUCUUCACAACUGAUGACCCUGAAGCAGUCGAUAAAUUUUUAAAGCAACCUGUUAAUGUCCAUCUUCCAGCCCGAGAUGAUCAUCCCAAGAAAAAACGAAAACGUGAGUGCCAUCCAGAAACAUUAUUACAUUGGUUGAAGCGCCAGAUACAUCAUUAUGAAUCUGUGCCUAAAGUUGAAGAUGUAACUUCGUCUUUUAAGUCUGGACUUGCCCUGUGUGCCAUAAUUCACAGGUACCGUCCACAUUUAAUUGACUUUUCUUCCCUUAAUCCAGAAGAAGUUGCUAAAAACAAUCAGUUAGCUUUCGAUAUUCUUGAAAGAGAAGCUGCUAUACCUCCAGUAAUGACUGGUGAAGAAAUGGCAGAAUGUGUCAUACCUGACAGGCUUACUAUGUUAUCAUAUCUUUCACAAGUAUAUGAAGCUUUCAGAGGAGAAAUCCCCCAUAUUAAACAUCCUAAACUUGAAGAAACUGAAGAUGAAAAACACCAUAUUACACAUUCAAGGGAACCUCGUAUUCGUUCGCAUUUGACUACUGCACAUAAAAUUUCACUUUUAGGUAAACUAACUUCUAAAACGCCUAAGAAAAGGAGAAGCCAUUUGGGAGCUGAACUACUGGCUGCUGAAAGAAAAGAAUGGUUGGAUAGAUUUGAAAAUGCCCGGGAUGAACGGAGGACACAAUAUGCCAUAGAAGAGGCUAAGGAAUACACAGAGCGCUCUGAACGUCUAGCUGAACUGUCGAGAGUUAGGCAUGAAAGAAGGGAAAGGCUGAACGAAAUAGAGAAGAAUAGAACCGAACGUAUUAUAAGAAAGCAGUAUAUGAGGCAUAUCCUCAACAAGCAACUUGUGAAAAGCAUGACUAUGCUUUCAACCAAUGCAAAAUCUGAUGAACCUUUUGAAGAUUAUUCUUUGUUUGUUUAUCGAAUGACUGCUCCAGAUUUUAAGGACAGGGUGAAACAUCUUGAGAAUAAGCUUCUAUAUCCUGAACUAAUGGUAGCCGAAAAAAGGGAGUGGUUGGAUAAAUUAGAAAGUGCCCGAGCUGAAAGAAGAGCACAAUUUGCCAAAGACUGUGGAAAAGAGCAUGACGAACAAUGUGAGCGUUUAAAGGAGCUUUUAGAAGUUCAAAACAAACGAAAAGAAAAGUCCAGCGAAGUAGAGAAAAAUAAAUCUACUUGUAUGCAGAAACAAUAUAUGAAACAUAUUUUGAACAAGAAGAUAGAAAAAUGUCUGACAAUGCUUAUGACAAAUACGAAACUUGACACUCCUACAGAAGACUAUUCUCUGUUUUUAUAUCGAAAGAAUGCUCCAGAUUUCAAGGACAGGCUAAAACAUUUUGAGACUAAGCUUCCUUUUACUGACCGAGAAAAUAGACCUUUGGAUCAAAUAAGAAAAGCUGGGGCAACUGAUGAAGAUUUUACUGGAAGGGUUAAGGAUUUGGAAGCGAAAUUGAGAGGAACCCACAGUGAUAAGAAACCAAAAGAUUUGCUCAGGGCAAUCGGAAAAAUUGAAAAAUCUGAUUGGAAUGUUAAGCAGAUAGAAAAAAAAAUGGAAGAAAACAGAAUGGGGAGAGGUUUAAUUGCACAGAAAUCUGAGAAAGUGCCGAAAUGGAGCAAACAACAAUUUGAAGAUAAGUUUACUUUGGUUGAGAAAAAACUUAGAGCCAAAAGCAACGAUGCUGGCCUCAAUGAAAAGUAUUCUAAAAUAGAUGAUAAAAUGAAAUCUUUGGAACGAAGAAUCAAAGAUGGCAUAAAGUUAGAGCAAGGGCCAAGGGGUUCUAACAAAGUUUCAGCAAUGGCUGCCCAUUUAGCUACUAUUAAUAAACAACCAGAACCUCAGAUAAUUCAGACUGGCAAGCCAGCAGUAGUUGGAGGUUCUGGUGGAAGUGAGAUGUGCCAUUUCUGUAAUAAGAGGGUCUACUUGAUGGAGAGACUAAGUGCUGAGGGCAGGUUCUUUCACAGGGGCUGCUUCAGGUGUCAGUACUGUUCAACAUCUCUCAGGCUGGGAAAUUAUGCUUUUGAUCGUGAGGGAAAAUAUGGCUCAAAAUUCUAUUGUGUCCAACAUUUUGGCCUGCAAGGUUCAAUAGGAAGGCGGCUUAAGGAGGAUACAAAAACUGAGAUACUUAAAACACCCAUUAAAACAGAAAAAUCACUGGAAUCGGAAUUGAUACCUGUUGAGACUGUUGAUAUCGGAACCCCUGAACGAGCAGAGUUUGAGAAUUUAUCUGAUUGUGUUGAGGUUGAAGAAGAUGAAUGGUCGGACAGAAAUUUCUUGCCUUCAGCCACGGAUACUGAAGCAUCCCAAGAUAGUUCAAGUUCUAGCUCAAGUGAAGGGUAUGCUGAAGCUGAAGAUGGUGGUCUUGAUCCUGAAGAAACAUUACGACUAGCUCAAGACUGGACUAGACGUUAUGCCUCUUCUCAUUAUUCCAACUCUGAAGAUGAAACGACUGAUUCUGAUACUGAAGAGGAGGCCAAAAAGGACACAAGUCCUCGUCAGCACGUUUCUGACUCCGGAUCUGAAACAGAGGUGCCUUCAGAAGAUGAAUAUAGCAGUAGUAGUUCCGAAGAUGAAAAUUCAGCAACAGAAAUAUCUACAGACUCUGAAUUUGAACAUGAUGGUACAACCCAUACUAUUCCUGAUAUUGUGAUUAGUGAAACUGUUCAGGUUCGCAAAGGGUUGAUUGAAGCACCUAGACAAGUGCAGCUCAUUUCAAGGCAGGUUAAUGGAAAAAUUACACCUCAUAGUGGUGAUUUAAAGCUGGAACUGAAAAGAAUUGAUGAACCCAAACCAACAACUCCCAACAAUAACAUUAACAACAAUGACAGACCUAGACCUUUUAUUAAUCCAAAUAGAGGUGAUUAUCUUCUCAACAGAACUCAAUCCACUGAAGGCAUAGCAUCUAAGAUUUCUCUCGAGUUGAAAAAGAAAUAUCUUCUUGGACCUUCUGGUAUGCCUGGAAACAUAAGAAAGUCGGGAUCAGCUAUAACUUUAGAUACAAAAUUUAAAUCUUUAAUUGAUCAAAUAUCUGAACAGCAGAAAUUGUUGAAUCCAGCUCCAGUCCCAAGUCCUACAAUGCAGGCUUUUCUUCAAGGAGCUGAUAAAUUAAAAACUUCUCCUGUCUUGUUAGAAAAGAAAAUUUUACCAUUAAAAGAUUUCAAGCAUAUAUGUAGUCUUGGUAGUAAAGAAGAUAAAAAGGAUGGAGAGAAAGAAAUUAAAGAAGAAAAGAAAGAAGAAGAAGAGGUGAGGUCAAGAAGCCCAGUUCAUGAAACUAGUAUUGUAGUGCCAGAAUUCCCAAGAACUGAGCAAAAAGAGAUUGAAAGUGAUUCAUUAUCAUCAGAUAUGAGUUCUUCCGAGGAAGAAGAUUCAGCAGAAAGUGAAGGUGAAGGAAAUCCUGUGUCACCUCCAAAACUGGAAAUUCACAAUUCUCGUGGAGAAUUGAUGGAAGAAGAAGUACAGCUUGAUUCACUUAAUAUUCCUGAUGUCUGCCAGGCGGCAGAACCAAAACGACAAGAGCUUAGAGAUAAACUCGAUCUUGUACCUUCUACUGAAACUGGAUUUGCGAAAGUGAUAACUGUGCCUUCAAAUGAAACUAAUGGUCAGGUUUUAAAACAAGUGUCUACUCCAGCAGAAUUAUUUGUUACAAAGGAGGAAGUACAUAGUGACGCAAGUAGUCCUCCAUCACCUUCUCUGAAAGAUGAUAUUACUUUAGGGUUGACAGAAACAGAGUUGUCUGAUUGGGCUAGAGAUGAGGAUGGAGUUGUUUCAGAGACAUUUGAUGAUCUCGAAUAUAAUAUUAACCCUCAAACUAUUUCAUAUAAAAAGCAUCUGACACCAAGAAGCAGGAGAAAUGCCAGGGGUACAGCUCCGAAAAUUGCAAGAACCGAAGAAUUUGAUGAUGAGUUUACACAUGUAUGUGGUAAAGACAAGCCUACCAACCUCCAUAAUGUUGAAAAUUUAGAAUUUAUGGAUACUGCUGAUGAAAGUAGUGAUGAAGAUUCAGGAGCUGUUAAUAAGAUAUUAAAUCGUGGUUACAUUCAAUUUAUAAAUUCAGAAGAUGAUGAUUUACCAACUCCAAUUGUUGAAGCUGUUAAUUACUGUUUAGAAACCAAGGCUGAAAGUAAAGAAGAUCUCGAUUCUAGAAUAGGAGAAUCUACAGACACAACAACGACUUCUGAGCCAACUACAAUUAAAGAUAGCCCUAUUGAACCACCUGCUCAUGUAGUAGAAAGUGAUAGUCAAGACAAAAUUAAUCAGGAAUAUGAAAUAUAUGUUCAGAAAAUGCAGGGUAAAAUUUCUCCUUUUGGAAAUGUCAGGAAUUCUAUUGAUGUUAGAAAAUCUAGAAAAAUAAACAAGAGGUCUCCUCCUGAUAGUUUAGAAUCUGUAGGUGCUGUUGAGGCUCCAGCAAUUACAACGAUUGAAGAAGUUAUUCCCAAACAGAUCUCUAUUCCAGUUAAGAAAGAUGAUGUUAAAGAAGAGCCCCCUCCAACACCUCAGCCUCAGUCAUUAACACCUAAGUUGGGUUUGAAUUCUCCUACAACUCAUAGAAAGCUGGAACAGUUAAAUCAAGAAAGAGUUAAACAAAAAGAUCUUAUUCAUGAAAUGGUCAUGAAUCGAUUGAUAGCACAAGGAAAAUCACCAACAGAGAGGAAACAGAGAAGGUCUAUUCGAACUGUUCUAAGGUCUAGUGACACGCCUCCAGCUCCAGUUCCAAAAGAAAGACCAAAAUCUGAAAUGUUUGUCACACCAGCUGCUCCACCACCUAUUAGAGAGCGAGCUUUUACUGUUACCACUGCCAGGCGCUUAGCAGCUAAAACCAACGUCAUUGCUUCAUCAUUGCCUGAUAUCCAUAAGGCUUGUAGUACUCCAGGUCUACCUAGUGAACUCACGGUACCAAAUCUCAGAGGAAUGAGGGAACAAGCUAGGGCAAAAUUUAAAAUGAUGAGUGAUGAAGAACUUGGUCUCAGCCCGGAAGAUAAAAUUAAAAAGUUUAAACUUAAAAUCCAAAAACAUCUUCAUGAAGCUAAACUUCCUUCUCCAACUCAUUGUGAAAAAACUGAAAUAAAUAAAAAGAGUAAAGAAGAAAGGAAAAGAAGUAUUAUUCAAGCUGUCUCUGAUUUUUUUCUUAAAAAAUCACCUACUCCGCCUAAAACUCCAUCUAGUCAUUCACCCACCAAAUCUAUACCUUCUGUUUCUUCGAAGAAAGAUAAAGAUGCUCCUCCUAUUCCGCCACCUCCUGUGUCUUAUAAUCCUAGUCAAGUUGUAGAUGAUAGCCAAUCGGAAGAGGAGACACAAUCUUGCACCUUUGCGGGAAUGGAUUCACUUCAAAGAAAGAGUAAACAGAACAGGAGACAAGUUAGACAGGCUCAAAGUAAAAGGCUUCGUAUGGCACAAGAGGUUCAGAGAGAGCUUGAAGAGUUGGAAGUAAAACAAAAGGAGCUGGAGGCUAAGGGGGUUGCGGUUGAAAAGGCUCUAAGGGGUGAAGAAACAGGUGUAAAUGGAAGUGAAAGUGAGCUACUUGGUGAAUGGCUUAGAUUGAUGAGAGAGAGGAGUGAAGCGCGGAGUAAAGAAAAACAGCUUGUAAUAAGGGGCCAAGAAAUAGAGCUGGAGCAUAGGCAUGCCAGGCUGCAAGCCCAGCUAUCUGAACUUAUGGCUGCUUCUCCUGAAGGAACAAAAACAAAUGAAGAAGUAGCUCUGGAAGGUCGCAUAUUACGUGAAAUGCUUGAAAUAGUUGAAAGGAGAAACUCUCUGCAAGCGCAACUAGAGGCUGAAAAAGAAAGGUAUUGUGAAGAAGAAAAAGAUUUAGAAGCUCAGAUGCUAGCCAAGGGUAUUCAGUUCCAGCAGCCUAAGCAGUAAACAUCACAUAAGAAAGUAGAAAAUUACUAGACAUUAUAUAGCUUUAACCUUGUUACCUCUUAAGGUGUUAUUUUUCUAGUGCAAUCGCCUGCCUGAAUAAUGAAAUGAGUAGAUAUAUAUUAAUGAAAGAAAAAAAUCAUAAAAAUUAUAUAUAUAUAUAUAUUUUAUCACCAUUUGACUGAUAAUAAGCAAUCUUCUAUAAUUGUAAAUGUAUUUAUUAUGUUGAUAUACAUAAAUAUUUAUGAUUGAAAGCACCCUAACGUCGUAUUUAAAUUUUUUUCCUAACUACCUACCAAGAGUAUCAAUAUAAUAAUAAUUUGUUUGUUCAUCGAUUAGACAUCUAAAUAUUAUUUUAAAUUAACUUUUAAGAUUUUCUGCUUAAAAUUAAUUGAUUCCAUUAUAAGCUACUAACAUGAACUGAUCUUUGAUCUCGUAUUUAACGAUGUAAUUUUGGUUUUUCUUAUCUUAAAAUUGGUGCUUAAAACUGUCGACAACCAAUUAAAUUGUGUAUUAUAGUGUAGAUGAAAUAUUUGUUUUUACGUUGUGUCCUGUGAUAGUCCCACGACAACAUCAAUUAUUUUUUAUAUAUUAACCCUAAUCCUUCCUAUUUUUUGUAAGAAUUGUUUUAUUAAUAUCUAUGUUUAACUCUGUGACGCAUAGUAUUGUAAUUAUUGUAUAUAGAUAUUAUGAAUAUUUGAUAAGCAGGGGAUUAUUUUAUUGUUCAUUACUGAGAGAAAUAAAUAUGCUUUUUACAUUUUU